AUAAGUGUCAAUGUUGUUUUAUGUGUAAUAAUAAAAAUACUACUGAUAGAAUGUCAGAAAUGAAUAUGUCACUACGUAAGUGGGUGAAGAAAUACAUUAAAGAACGAUUUAAUGAUGAUAUUGAAAAAAAAUUAAAUGACGGGAGGGGUGAAGGGGCGAGAGAGAGGAAAGAAUCGGAAGGGAAUGAGACGAAAAUUAUUUUACAAUUAAUUGCCAAUGAGAUGGUGAAAUCUCGUGAAAUUGGUGAAAUAAUUGCUGCUUUAAAGAAAAUGAAGAAUACAACGGAUAAUGAUAAUGGUGAUGAUGACACCAUACAAGGUAACGUGAAUUUGGAGAAUAUCGAGGAGAAUUUUCAAUCGUACAGGAGUGAUGAUUUGAGUGAAAAUUGGGAUGGUGGCCCUCUACUACCAUCAUCAUCUCAGAUGGAGGGCAAUAAUUUAUUCACGAUUUUUGAUGAAAUUUCUAUGGACAAACCGGUCCACGUGAGACUCGGUGGAUUUGAAACUUUAUUUGAAAGUGAUUUAUCGAAUAAUUGCAAUAGCGAAGCAUUUGAACAGCUAUUGAAAUUAUUGAAGGAUGGUAUAGCUGACACGACCAAGGCGGUUUUCGAAGCCAGUCUUCGCAUUCAUGCAAAACUCCUCAAUAGUCCUCGUUCUCAUGACGUAUAUACAAACCUUAUAAAUGCUUUUGAAGCGGAAUACCGCUCGGAAAAAUCUCACGAGAGUCUUCCAAACUUCGGCACUGGCAUUAAUUUCAAAAUAUUUAUUCAUGAAAAAUUAUUGCGAAUACUCCACGUUAUUGUUAGAUUUCACAAAGAAAUGUUGAAGAAUAUGAGAAUCAUUGAUAGGACAAUGGAGGAAAUGAUUGAUCAAUUUUUUGUUUUAUUGAUGUACAAUGAGAAUAAGAAAAAUUCACACUGCAAGAAUCUCAGUCCAUUGAAUCUUGUCUCUGUCCUCGAACCUCAUGCUAAUUGGAGUGAAAAAUGGAUUUAUAGUGUUGGAACGAGAAAAUUUUUUAUUUCUGCUGUAUCGAAAUCGCCCAUUUUACUUCAGACAGUAUGUGAAAUUGUACAAAAGGGCCUGGAACAAGCAACAUUUAAUGGUGCAUUUGCAUAUUCAAUAAAAGACGAUGUAAUUCAAUCGAUGUCUCGUUCAGUAUAUAUAUCAGGAGAUACUGUUGAAACAAUAACGUAUUUGCAUUGUCUCAAUUUUAUGGCUCAAAUAAAUAACUGUUUCAAUGGAGCCUCAUCGAAUAUGGCUCUUGGUUACAGUAUAGAUUUGCCAUUAUCAUCUGGAAAUUUUACACUUGCCUUGAUCAAUUCACUCAAUUCAUUGGCUACAUCAACAAUUCCGAAAACAAUUUAUAAUGGUUCUCAACAUGCCUUGAAACUUAUGCUCGAUCGGCCAACAUGUUUGUUCGAUUCCAGUGUUGGUAAUGCCGCCCUCAUUCCCCUCAAGAAUUUCAUUGCUGAGAAUAAUGGAAAUUUGUGGCCACAUACCAUUGAUUUGAUCAAUUUCAUGCUUGACUCUGGCGAUGGACUGUCAUUUUUUACAUCUCAAUAUCGAUGUACUUCUCCUGACGAAUUGAAUUCAUGCUCUUACUCGGCUACUCCAGCCGCAAGUUUUUUAAAUUACACAUCUACUCUUCUACGACAACCGAUAGCCCUUAUGAAUAUUGAUCAUGUUAUCCAAAUACUUGAACUGGUUGGCAAACUCUUUCAUAUUAUAGAAAAUUUCAGUAUUAUCUAUAAGAUGUUGGAAAAUGAAUUGUUCCCUUCGAUAGAAUAUUUCUACAAGAAAAUUCAGAAAUAUUCUAUAAGACAUGAAAACAACAGUCAACUUUUAGACAGCGCUAUACAGGAGAUGCUAUUGAAAAUUGUUGCCUGGCCUCUUGGAUUACAAUUAUUGACAAAAAAUCAAUUAACACUUGAGGAACUAAUCAGGGGCUCCAUCAAUCCUUUUCGACAUUCCUGGAGUUCUAAUGAAAUAAUAUCCUUCAUCUCUUCUGUAAGUUAUUUCGAUGCAGGAUGCAAAUUAAUGGUCGAUCUGGUUCCUCACACGGUAUCGAUGCUAUUGGAUGAAAUUAAUGAUAAUAUGGAUAAUGAAGAAAAUUUAGCGGACUUACGAGAUUGCGAACAUGUUAAAAAAUUUAUUCAUGUUCUCUCUCUAUUUUCACACAAUACAAAAUGUUUUCUCAUUUUUAUGAUGGACGAAGAUUCAGCUGACGACUAUUGUGGUUAUCCCCGAAAUUUGUGUCAACUUUUUAAUCAUGCCAUCACAAUUGAUUCAUCCUUCCACUACAUCAGCCUUUUGUCAUUAGAAACUGUUAUUUGGAAUCUUGAUAUUCUGAUUUAUUUACUGAAUCGCUAUAAUUUGCAGUCAAAACUCCUUCAACUUCAAGAGUCCUGCCUCAUUGAAGUUACAAAGUAUAAAGAUAGCAGUCAGGAUGAAGGAAAUGAAGAAUUCAAUGACAGCGAGAAUUAUACUGAAGAAAAUAAAAUUGAGGAGUUCCAUCAAGUUCAUCUUAUUGACGAAAGCAGUAUGCUUCGCAAUAGCAUCCUAUCUAAAUCGUAUUUUAUCAGGCAUAAAUUGGAAAAAUUGACAAAUUAUGAGAAUCCUGACAAGUGCACACUCUAUUCAAGUUUUCCACCUCCAACACUUUUUGAAAAUAAUGAUGUGAUUUUUUCAUCAUCAACAUCUGAGUCACCUUCAUCGGAGCUUGAACAAUUACUACAUGAUUGUAAGCCAGGUCUCAGAGACAGUGGAUGGGUAAUGCAGAUCAGGAAUGCCCAUGGAAAUUCACCGGGUCCAAUGAAGCAUUCUACAUAUUUGAUGCUCUUGGAUCAAAUGGAGAGGGCAAUAGCCGCUGUUGAAUGGAUUGACAUGUACAAAUGGGACGAUUCUAAAUCAACACCAUCUGGCUACCAGUGGUUGCCAGAGGAGGAUAUUGGUCUGAAUUUGGUUAUUAGAUUUUCCGAAGAUCACUGGGAAAAUUCAAAUAAUAAACUGAACAUUAAAGAUGAUUUAAAGCUCAUUUUCGAAUCUGUACAUAAAUUUAUAAAAUACCAAAGAAGUGAAGAUUUCGAGGCGUUUGAUUGGUUUCUCGGAACAAUAUUCAUCAUUUGCGAUGGUAAUUUGGAUAGAUGUAAACAUUUUGCGAAGAAUAUUGUGCGAUUCCCAUCGGCAAUUUAUAUGUGGAAUUUUCAUGGCAUUUCCCAUGGAAAGGCAAGUUCCGUUCAAACUCUGACGACGCAAUUCGUGUUGGCUCAGCAAAUUGACUCAAUUGUGAUUCAAGAAUUUCCUGAAAUCAACUAUGCCAUGAUGAAUGAAUGGGGAAUUAAAUGGUGGAUGAUCUGUAACCGAUUUUUGUCUCAAUGUUUUUGGGGAGUACUUGAAUGGUCGGAAAUUAUUCACUUUCUGGCCAUAUGCAUAUUAUAUCCUCCAGAUCACAUUGUUUACUAUUGUAUUUCAUUGUUGCAACACUGUGAAGCAAAAAUCAUGCAGGAUAUCGUCGACAAAAAAUAUUGGCCGGAAAACAUUGCAAGUAUUGCUUUGUUUCCAUGAUUAAUUCAUAACUAUUAUUUUUUCCCUUCUUACUGUUUGAAAGUAAAAUCAAUAAUUAUGUUUGUUAUCAUUUUUCUUACAGGAUUUGAGUAGUUAUCAGUACGAGAAUUACAUAAGUUACAUGGAUCGAUUGUCGCAGAAGUAUCAAAACCAAAUUCUUUCAUCACUGAAUCAAAACAAAACCACGGACAUGGAAGAGGAUUGAGGAUUCUCACUCCUAAUUGACCUUCAAUUGCCUGCACCUCUGCUUGAGUUUCUCGCUUUAUAGAUUUUUUACUACUCAAAUAACACAACUCAAGCUUCAAUUAGUUUUUCUUUUUCUUUUCUUUCUUUAAUUUAAAAUAUUAAAUGCCUAGGGGAUUUGUAUGAGUCCUGCAACUCUUUUUAUACAUUUUUAUUUCAAUUACUCUUCAUGAAUGGCAAAGAGUUUUGCUAUUUCGUUUAAAUCCUCAUAAUGCGUCCCUCUUGCCAGCACCUUCAACAUGAAUGAUUAAUAAUAAAUUUUAAGAAAGUGGAGGAGAAGAAGAAAUCAGUAGCGAAGCUGUAAAGGGUGAUAAAUAAUACUGAAAUAAUUGAGAAGCCUUACCUGACGAGCUACUGACAUACGGUUGAAAAUAUUCCAUAGUACAAUGCCUACGACAGUGUCAUUCCUGAGAUAGAAAAUUAUUCCUUUGCCAUAGUCCUGUUCAGCUUGCGAAGCUAUUGGAGAAGAUUGUUCUCCCUUAUUGGUCAGUGAUAUGUUUUGAGCACUUUCUUCGUCUUUCGACUGAUCGUUGCUCAGUUGAGUAUCUGUCUUUACAUUGCUGUGUUUGUCUUCAGCCUUGGCAAAUACACCAACGGUAGGGAGGCUCGAAUCAACGAUUCCAAUGGCCUCAUAGCCAACGUCUGGGCCCAAGUCUGACCAGAACAUUGAUUGAUGCAAAUAAGGCUUGCCUGCACCAGUCAUAUUUUCGCCAGCAAGUCUUCCAGAAAUGACUGCAUGAUCAUGAUGCUCAACUCGUCUUCGACCAAGCUUUACAUCAUAGAAACAAGCAGCAUCACCAGCUACCCAAAGAUUGCUUCGCGCUUCGAGUUCAGCAUUUACCAAAAAUCCACCAGUUUCCGGAUCAAUUUCGAGAUUAGAUGGCUCAGCGAGUUGGGUAUUAGCGGUAACUCCUACUGCAACUACCACUUGAUCAGCUUCAAUCUGUUCAAUAUUAAAUGUA